AAUCUGCAAAAAUCUUGGACUUUCAGCCCCACUUGUAAAGCACAAGCUGGUGCUAGCCAACUAGUCUUGACCACUUCAAAGAAGGAAAGAAAUGUGAAGAAUGAAACACGAAGAUGUCACGUUCAAAAUUGUAUGCUUCUUCUAAGUCAACGGUCAACUAGACAUGUCCACCUUCUCUUUAAAGUAAACCGUAAACCCAGUAGCCAAAUAUUAAAAGGGUCUUCCAAGAAUCUGCUUAACAAUCGUCUCAAAUGGGAGCUAACACUCAAAAUUCCCUGAAAAUGGUGCUGCUUUUACUGCUUUAUACACUUUCCGUUUUUGUUCAUGGUUACAAUGCUCAGUUAACUUCACACUCAAACACAGAUGAAAAAUCCCACAAUCACCAAUUUGUCUUCCCAGAAGCAAAAUCUUUAGUCUUGCCUAAUCCAUCAGAUUACUUUUCUAGCAAGCUUGUUUCCACCCCUUUGCCCACUAAUUCAUUUUUCCAAAAUUUCGUACUCAAGAAUGGUGACCAGCCUGAGUACAUUCAGCCUUAUUUAAUCCGUUCAGCUAACUCUUCCAUUUCCCUUUCUUAUCCAUCUCAGAACAUCACCUCUGCCUUAUUAGAGCAGAUUUUUCGCCCCGAUUUAACUAUAUCUGCUUUCAAGAAUCCUAACCCAGAGCAACGCCACAUAAUCUCAUCAUAUAGUGAUCUUAGUGUUACUUUGGACUUACCAUCAAGUAAUCUUAGAUUCUUUUUGGUGAGAGGUAGUCCUUACUUGACUUUUGCUGUCAAUGGACACACUUCCAUUUCAAUCUCAACCGUUCAUCCCAUUCGUAAACUUUCUUGUGAUAGUUCUUUUACUAAGUACACAAUCAGACUCCUAAAUCGUCAAACAUGGAUACUUUAUGCAAGUUCUCCGAUUUAUUUGACUCAUAAUGUAUCCACCAUCAAGUCUGGUGGGUUCUCAGGUGUAAUUCGGAUUGCUGUCUCGACUAAUUCUGAUUCCAAAUUUGAGAAAAUCCUUGAUCAGUAUAGCUCAGGUUAUCCUGUGUCGGGAAGUGCCACUUUGAGGUCUUUUGGUAUUAAAUACAAAUGGGAUGUGAAAGGUGAAGGAAAGUUGCUUAUGCUAGCUCACCCCCUCCAUCGUCGACUUCUUUCGAAAGCAGAUUCUUCAGUAACUGUUUUGGAGGAUUUCAAGUAUAGAAGCAUGGAUGGUGAGCUCGUUGGUGUAAUUGGCGAGACGUGGGAACUGGAAACAGAGAAAAUCCCGGUAUCUUGGCAUUCGGUUAGAGGUUUGAAUAAAAAAUCAGUCCCCGAAAUUAUUCAUGCACUUGGUAAAGAUGUUAAGACUUUGAAUGCAUCGAACAUAUCUACCACAUCGUCUUACUUUUAUGGGAAAUUGAUUGCUAGAGCAGCAAGAUUGGCAUUGAUUUCAGAAGAGGUUUCUUAUCCUAAGAUAAUGCCAGUUGUUGUUCAAUACUUGAAGGAUACGAUCGAGCCUUGGUUGAAUGGAACAUUUGGUGCUAAUGGCUUCUUGUAUGACCGGAAAUGGGGUGGCCUUGUAACUAAACAAGGGAUAAAUGACACAACAGCUGAUUUCGGUUUUGGAGUUUACAAUGACCAUCAUUUUCAUUUGGGAUACUUUGUGUAUGCCAUUUCUGUGCUUACCAGAUUUGACCCUCAAUGGGGAAAGCAGUACAAGAAGCAAGCCUAUUCUUUAGUGGAAGAUUACACGAACUUGGGACCCAAGGAGAACAAGCAUUACACGCGUCUUAGGUGUUUUGACUUGUGGAAGUUACAUUCUUGGGCUGCAGGGCUGACUGAAUUUCCAUUUGGGAGAAAUCAAGAGAGUACAAGUGAAGCUAUUAAUGCAUAUUAUUCAGCAGCCUUGAUGGGGUCUGCGUAUGGAGAUGCCGAUCUUGUUUCGGUUGGAUCGACUCUCACUGCCUUUGAGAUUUUGUCAGCACAGACUUGGUGGCAUGUAAAAAAAGACAACAAAAUCUAUGCACCGAGUUUUGUCAAGAAAAAUAAGGUGGUUGGUAUUUUAUGGUCUAGAAAAAGAGACAGCAUUCUUUGGUUUGCUCCAUCUGAGAGGAAAGACAUUAGGCUGGGAAUUCAAGUUCUACCAUUGUUGCCAAUCACAGAGGUUGUGUUUUCUGAUGUUGAUUAUGUGAAGGAGCUUGUAAAAUGGGCACUCACUAGUGUACCCAAAAACAGGACUGAGGAAGGUUGGAAAGGAUUUGUUUAUGCCUUGGAAGCAAUUUAUAGCAAUAAGCUAGCUCUAAAGAAAGUUAUGGACCUAAGCAGUCAUGAUGAUGGCAAUUCACUCUCAAAUCUUUUGUGGUGGAUUCAUAGCAGAAAAUGAUCAGCAGUAAAUUUUAGAGGUUCAGUACUUAUGCUUGUUAGAUUGUUAUUCUUGAUGGGUUGAACACUUCAAUUUGUUAACCUCAAUAAAUAUGAUUCGUGUAGCAGAGAGAAUAUCAAUGUUUUUAAUGACCAAUGUCACAAAGUUCAUGUUCUUA